GGGGUGUUGCCCAGAGAGCUAGAACAGGAAACUUGCUUGUUUUGCCACAGGUUUGGUACGAACUAAACUCUUGAAAGAAGACGUGAGGGAAUAUAUGAUUGCUGAGUUCAGCAGGAGAUGGCACUGCUGAACUACAAGACUGAGCCUGUUGGUAAUGAAAGCUUGGACGAAUGGCAUUUACUUGGCUCGGGGGGAUUUGGUGAAGUCUACAAAGUCAGACACAAGGACUUGGGGUUUGAUGUGGCCAUUAAGAUACUUCAUAAUGGCGUUUGCCCAUUCAUUCCAAAAGAGAGAGCACUGCACAAAGAGGCUGAUCACAUGGAAGAGGCUUCCUGUGAGUUUGUGCUAAGGCUUUAUGCACUGUAUCAUGGAUGUCCACCAAUUAGAGAAACAGCCUUGCAACAGGGAAUAGUGAUGGAGUACAUGAGAAGAGGAUCUGUUCAGUCUCUGCUGGAUGACCUGCGUGGCCCUCCACCGUGGCCCCUGACCUUCCGCUUGGCCCAUCAAGUGGCUCUUGGCAUGAACUUCCUCCAUUUAAAGAAACUUAUUCACCACGACCUAAAGCCAAGUAAUGUACUGCUGAACGAUGAUCUUCACGCCAAGAUAGCUGACUUUGGUCUUUGCAGGGUUUCCACCAGUGCUUUGAACAGCAACAGAGAAACAACCGGAGUGGAUGGAGGCUCAUACAAGUACAUGCCUCCUGAGGCUUUUGAGACAUCAUACAAACCUUGCCGUGCUUUUGACAGAUACAGCUAUGGCAUCCUGCUCUGGUCCAUUGUUACUGGUAAAGAACCAUAUCCAAUGGCUGAUUACAGUCUUGUGGCUCUGAAGAUCCCUAUGGGGGACAGACCUGACUUGGAGGAAAUUGACCAGACAAAGGCAGAAGGCUUGGAAGAGAUAGUUAAGCUCAUGAAGAGGUGCUGGGAUGGGACACCCAGUGCGAGGCCUGAAUUUAAAGAGUGCGGUAAAAUAACUGAGAAUGUGCUCUCAAAGCACAGUAAGGGAACUUGUGAUGCAGUCUAUCAAGUCUUGAAAGGACUGGAGUCACCGACCAGCAAUGAACAUUCAGAAACAUUCAGUUUUCCUCCUCAGAGACUAGAAACGUCAGAGUCAAAUGAUGUUGUGGAUCAUGUCAGAUUUACAGCAACUGAAAGGUCUUCCAUGCAGGAUUCUGUCAAUGUUCCUGCUGAAAGAAUGAGUGAUGCAGAUAAAGCAAAGUUUGUUGAUGACAAAAGGACAACAUUAAUUCAAGACGUUGUUGAAGUAAUGGCAGUAGUAGAUGAGCUUGAUGACAUGGUCCACAGUGAAACCUACUCAAGGAUCGAAGCUGAAAAGACAAGCCAGAAUAAAAUGAGAGCGCUGUAUAGGAGCACAUUGCUUUCAGGAGGGGAGAAGGUCAAAGCAGCCUUCUACGACGCCCUCAAAAAACAUCAGCCCCAUCUAGUGGAGAGGCUCGGUGGCUAAUUCGAAAGCAACUGUGGCCUUCCUGCAUUUUAAGGACAAAUGUUAAAUGACUCUCCCUGCCCCCCUCUUUUACACUUUCAUCUUUUUUAAGAAAAAUCCAUCUAUUUUAUUCAUUUGUAUAUAUGCAAUUUGUUGACAUUUUAUUACCCUACACUUACUAAAUAACUAAACCAUUUUUUAUUUUAUAUAUUUUAAUUAAUAUCUUUUUCAAUAAAUAAAUU